UUGGGAUGCUGUCGGAAACUAGAGCGCAGCAGUGGAUCUAGUUAGCUAGCUAGUGCUAACUGCAUACAGUACAUAACGGAAUUAUGUUUUGUUUUGAUUUUCACCUUUCCUGGAGAUGGACGUUGAGAUUGCAGUAAGGAAUUUGCACCCAUGAUAUAGCCGGAAUCAGGAGCGCUCUUUCCGGGGGACUUAUAAUCCUUAUCAUUUUCUGAACCAAUCCCAUACUGCUAGCUGGUAAGCUGGCUAACAUUAUCCACACAGCCUUGUAGUGGGCAAAGUGGAUAAAAAUGUCGGAUACUAAGGUAAAAGUUGCAGUUAGAGUCCGACCAAUGAAUCGGAGAGAAUUGGAACUGAAUACAAAAUGUGUUGUGGAAAUGGAGGAAAACCAAACUGUCCUGCACCCCCCACCCUCAAACACAAAAGGAGAAAACAGGUAA